AUGUCUAGAUCAGGUGUCGCUGUUGAUGACGAAUGUUUAAAUGUCUUCAAUGAAUUGAAAUUAGGAAAGAAGUACAAGUUUAUCAUUUUUACAUUAAAUGAAACCAAAACUAAGGUUGUUGUUUCUGAAACUUCUACUGAUACCGAUUAUGAAGCUUUCGUCGAAAAAUUACCAGAAAAUGACUGUAGAUAUGCCAUUUAUGACUUUGAAUAUGAACUUGGUGGUGGUGAAGGUAAAAGAUCCAAGAUUGUUUUCUAUACUUGGUCUCCAGACAAUGCCCCAGUUAGAUCUAAGAUGAUCUUUGCUUCUUCUAAAGAUUCUUUAAGAAGAGCUUUAAAUGGUGUUGCUUCCGAUAUUCAAGGUACUGACUUUUCAGAAGUUGAAUAUGAAACCGUUUUAGAAAAAGUUAGUAGAGCUGCUGGUUCUCAUUAA